AUGGCCGCCAAGUCCUUCCCCCCCGGCAUCCACGUCCCCAGCUUGACCUGGUUCGCCGACGACUCCAACCAGGAGAUCGACUGGGCCGUCCAGACCAAGCACCUUGAGUUCCUCGUCAAGUCUGGCCUUCACGGCGUCGUCCUGGCCGGCACCAACGGCGAGGCCGUCACCCUGACCGCCGACGAAAAGACCGCCCUCGUCCAGAAGACGCGCGAAAUCGCCGUCGCCGCCGGCCGCCCCGACCUCACCAUCACCCUCGGCUGCGGCGGCCAGUCCACGCGCGCCGUCAUCGCCGAGACGCACCUCGCCAAGGCCGCCGGCGCCGACUACGCCCUCGUCCUCGUCCCCUCCUACUUCCACUUCGCCAUGAACGAGGCCGCCAUCGUCGGCUUCUUCGAGGAGCUCGCCGCCGCGUCCCCCGUGCCCAUCAUCAUCUACAACUUCCCGGGCGUCGCCGCCGGCCUCGACGUCAACUCGGACAUGCUCUCCCGCCUCGGCAAGCACCCCAACAUCGUCGGCGUCAAGCUCACCUGCGGCGGCAUCGCCAAGGUCGCGCGCGUGCGCGCCGAGUUCGACCCGAGCGAGUUCUUCGCGCUCGCCGGCCAGAGCGACUGGCUCGUCCCCGCGAUGGCCGUCGGCAGCACGGGCACGAUCACCGGUGUCGCGAACCUGUACCCCAAGUACUGCAUCGAGAUCUUCGAUCUGUACAACGCGGGCAAGAUUCAGGAGGCGACCGCGGCGCAGUUGAAGCUUGCGCAGAUGGAGUGGGCGUUUGGCAAGGGCGGGAUUAAUGGUACUAAGUGGGUUGUGGCCAAGUCGCUGGGCUACCCGCUUGCGAGCUGCCAUUGCAGACGGCCGUACCCGCAGUACACCGACGCGGAGAAGCAGGCGUGGAUCGCGGAUCUGGUUGCGCCGUUGGCGGAGGAGGAGGCUAAGAUCAACGCUCGUGCUUGA